UACAGAUGGCGUUAUAUAUGAAACAGGAUUUCACUCCGCCAAUACUAUCCAGAAAAUGGCUGGCCAUAAAAUUCAGACCCAAUAUGUUACUGUACAGUAGACAUCACAUUAUAUCGAUCUUGGAGAGCGGCCUCAUGUUCAGAGAGGACAGCAUAGCAGUGGAACAGGAGGUGCCUUCUCCCGAGGAUGUGUGGCGGACCGCUGGUGGGGGGAAAACUGGCUGGUUUACUAAAGGGGAGGGGAUAGCAACAUUGUUAGCUGUCUCUGCUUGUAUAGCGGCAUUUCCCCCAAGGAGUCUGCAGAAGUCCUCGUUGGCGAACAUGCUCGCGUAUUUGUCAGUACCGGUGGCUCUACGGGCCGUACACCGCGCGUCGUGCGGCGGCUCGCUCGCCGCCCUGCUGUCGAGCAUGCGCGAUUACCUAGCACUCGCUCGCCGGGCGGCCGCUUGUCUCAAGGAAUACGCCGCGUUGCAUGCACAACUAGGGUCCAUAUCAUUCGCGAUAGACUCCACCCAUACGAUGCUGCGGCGGCAGCAGAGCGAGCUGUCUGUCCUCAUGUCACGUGCCUCGUCCGCGUUGCUAGGCAACGCGCCCUGGCUGGUCGCAGACGUGGCCUGGGAUGCUGUGGUACGCGAUCAGGACGAUAACUUGACGAAAAUCCACCACGCGUUCCUAGUAGUGCAGUCGACGUUGCUCAAACAUAUUGCGAUGGCGCAUUACAUACCCUCACUGCAAGCACAACGCAUCUACAGAAACCACAAUGAGAGAAUAUACUGGCUCCACACCACCCUCAUACCGCACCUAACCGAGGAGUUCAAGCAGAAUCACGACGCUCUCAACAGAAUGUACAGAUUACUAAAAAACUUCGGCAGCAGCGAAACAGAUAACAAAAAGUUAGGCACAGCGGUCAUAGACAAUUGGAUGUACAGCGACAUUCACAGUGGCAUAGCGCGAACGUGUUUAGAAUUGAAAUUGUCUAUGAAUAAGUGUAAUGCUUUAGAUGUUUUUCUAGAUUCGUGCGCGCUAAAUAAUCAGGAAUUAGAUUUGAAUGUACUUAGUAAUGAUAUUGACGAAAUUAUUGAUGUUAUAACGAAAUCUCUGACAACGAUGCAAAACUCGCAGUUAAGAUUGAAGAAAAUUAAAAGCAAAUGUGAUAAAUACGAUGCUGAUGUUUUUGAAGAGAACGAGCCUGAAAUUGAAAGCGCGGGAAUUUUGAAAAUAGAAGACAAAGAACCAGAAGCGAAAGAUGAGGUUUUCUAUUUCGUCAGAACGGACGAUGACGUUGAUGCCAUACAGCCCGCCGGGGAUUCGUUGACUGCACCUGGCCAGAAAGAAAGAGAGACAACUAAAAUUGUACUGAGUGAGUUGAGAAGGAAAUUGGGGAAGCGAGAGGACGUCAUGCGCGAAAGGGAGAGGCAAGCGUUAGUGAAAACUAUGCCCGAAUUGAAAGACAACGUUCCGGAGUUUCCUAAACAAAUAAGUUUACAAGAAUAUAUUGACCAAAAAGGUUUUAUACGAAAAAUUAAAACUAAGAAACGCAGAAGAAGGUUAUUCCACAACUAUAAAAUACAUCAUAAAAGUAAUAGAUUAAAAAAAUACAAUUUAAAAAGUAGAACAUAUGAAAAGGUCAGUGAUAUAGUUAGUCCAUACGAGGCAAACUUAAAUUUAGUUUUUAAGAAUAAUCUCAUAACAAUUGAAUGUAAUAAUAAACAAUUAAUAAUUAUUAAAUGGUAUAAACGUGUACAGCCAAUAGAAUCUACUACAGAUAAAAUAGAAAAUGGUACUGGCAGCAAAACUAACGGUUUCGACAAUCCAGAAAGUUCUAGAAAUCAUUAUAAAGUUACAAAACGCGAUCUAGACCUUUCGCCGUCGUCAUCGGAGAGUGAUUUUGAAUUUUACGAAAGACAAGUGGCAUUAUUGAAAGAUGUACGCCGCCACAGAGCGGUCAGAAAGAAACAACAUCCGGAUAAAAGAGCGUCCAUAGACAAGGAAGAUGAGAGUCUACGACCCAUAGAGUAUAGUUUCGGAACAGGAAUGGCUAUGGCUUCGAUGUUACAAACGAAUAAUAAAGUUAAAAUGCCUAUAAUGGUGCAGGAGGAUGUGUUUAUAGGUGAUGGUGAGGUUUCAAAUGAUAGUGGCAAUGAUGAAGAUGCUUAAUAUUUUUUAAAAUAUGACGACUUCGGAGUUCUAGCGGUUUGGCACACCGCUUUACUUCCGGUGGUUGUUGAUUCGAAUCCUCGCACGGCGCAAAUAUUUGUAUUCACGAAUAUGAUUUUUGUAUCGAUCUGGGUGUGAUCUAAGUAUAUUAUAUAUGUAUCUACAAAAAAACAAUGUAUCUAAGUUUUUAUAUCAAUUGUCUAGUACCCAUAACACAAGCUCUAAGCUGCUUAGCGUGGGACUAGAUGGCGCUGUGUUAAUUGUCCUGAGAUAUUAUUAUAUAUUAUACAAAAUAAUGUUUUUAAAUAAU